AUGGAGGCGACGUUGCUCAGCAGCCUCCACACCAAGCUGGAUGACUUGGAGGGCAAGAUGCGAGCCUACCGCUGCGACCUGCUCUCCGACUUCCAGCGCUACUACCACGACCUGCUCGCCGACGUCCCUCCCAGCGUCGCAUCCAGCGUCCAGCGAGCCAUUGUCCAGUCCUUUGCCAACUAUCCGACCCUCCGCCCCGAGCUGGAGGCCGCUGUCGCUGACUCACAACCGCCUCGCCCGGCUGCGUUCCAGCAGCCCGCCGCCCGUAUCGAGCCUCCCGGCACGCCUACCACCAGCUCGCGGGACCGAGAGACGGAGCUGCGUGGCCUGUUCACGCCGAGCUACCUGCCCCUGCUCGACAGCUCGCCUCCGGUUCAGUACGAUCCCCGACCGGCAGCUACCUCGCCUGGUGCCUCGACGGCCGCGGCCACAGCUUCGACCACGGCAACGCAGACCACGGCUUCCGUCCCAUUGCCGCCUGUAAUGGCACCACGAACUGCCGGCAGCGGCAGCGGCAGCGGCACAGCCACCGACCACGGUAUCACCGAGGGGGGCCUUGCGACCGCUGGCAACGACACGCCGCCCGCAGACCCUCAGGCUCUCACCGAGGCGCACCACCUCGUCAGGACCGCCACCGAGGAGUCAACCUCAUCUAUCAACUCGGACAGGAGUGAUGCCAAGGCCAGAAGAAGUGCCCUGCGACGCUCGUCCAGUACAUCUAAACCGCCCCAGAGCCCGAGGCGAGUCCGCUUCGAGGUUAUGGGUGCAGAGGUGUUGCCGACGUCAUCUCCGCAGCAGGUCGAAUUCCUGACCCCCGUCGCAUCAUCGCCGGCCCUGGAGGACGACUCAAUUGCUUCCGGCAUGAUACUGGGCGGCGACAUGGACGAGUGGGAGCCUCCGGUUCGGAAGAGCUCCUCCACAGAGGCCUUGCGAGCCUUAUCAAGGGCGCCAGCGGAGGAAGGUACCGUCUGGACUGUCGUGAACCCCGAUACGGACGAGGAUCCAUCACAUUCGAAGAACACUACCGGAACAGCUCAAGAGAAGCCUACUACCUCUGCGGAGCCGAAUACAUCUACAGCAAAUCAUCAUACAACAUCCAUUCCACUGAGAGCCGCUCAAGCCAGCAACACGACAUCGUCAUAUUCCUCCGAUGACGUCAACAAUCACCGUUCAGAUCACGACGAUGAUGACGGCGACUCUUCAAACGAUGACGAUGAUUAUCUAGCCAUGCCUAAACGCAACUCUCCCGCCGUUGGGAAGCCUGCGUCUGCUUCACUCGCUCAAUUGCCGCCAAAGAGAGCGGCCAAUGGACACUCAGCUGCAGCGUCUUUGCCGAGCAGGUCGAGCAUCAACUCUAGCAACUCCAGCAAUCAUGUGGACAGAAGAAACCCGCCUCCUUUCCAAGACGAACCCCUUGCCGAUGAUGGGGAUGAUGACGAUGACAUGUUUGAGUUUGAACCUGGCGGUCUUAGUGCUCCGCCAAAGCCCCGCGAAAGACCGCCUCCCCCGCCUGACGACGAUGACGACGAGGAGGAGGAACUUUCAGAUGAUUCUGAGGAUGGCGUCUCAGACAUGAACAGACCUAGCCAUCAACCACUCUAUUCAACUUCACCGGCUGUCCCCAUUAUGAGACCGGCACGACUCGAAAACUCCAUGUCCACCGUGUCCAGGUUUCAACCUGGGUCCCUUGGAUCAUACAAGGGCCGGCCCGUCGUCAUGCCUGUAGUGCGCAACCCGGAGGUACACGCCAGGGCGGCCUCUUUAGGCAACUUCAACACUUUUGUGGGAGGCUUGGAUGGUCGAAGUGGUAUGGACGAAGCAGACCUCAGCAGCUUCCGCGCUAGUUUUGUCCGAUCCGGCUUCACUGGAACGCCUCGGAGCUUUACUGAGCGAUUCAUGAUGGAGGAAGCUCAGGCUCAAGCACAGGCGGAGAAGGAAGGGAAUGGAUCUGCUCAGUGA